UCUCAAUCUGUCCCUUGCAAUCCAUCUUCAGUUUUCAUUUCAAUCUAAAAGUAUUGGUUAGCAACAAUUCCAAGAUUAUGAAAAACGUUGACAGAUACCAAAAUCAAGACAAAGAAAGGUGCACUCGAGAAAAACGGUGCCUCUUUCAGGCUCUGGAAAACUUGACCACAUAUUAGUGAUUAGCCAUUUAAUGUGCCAUGGGUUCUCUCCUUAAUAAGAAAACAGAUGAAUUGUGCCAUAUAUGGAGAUUAAUGGUAGUAUAGUGUUGUAGAAACAAUAUGGGCAGUCCACAUGUUCUAGCCAUACCUUAUCCAGCACAAGGUCAUGUACUUCCCCUGAUGGAACUUGCCUUAUGCCUAGUGAAGCAUGGUAUCAAGGUUACAUUUGUGAACACAGAAUUUGAUCACAAACGAGUCAUUGAAUCGUUAUCUGGUGAAGAAAAUGUGCCUGAUAUGAUGCAUCUGGUAUCCAUCCCAGAUGGCCUGGAAUCGUGGGAAGACAGAAAUGAUGCGGCGAAGUUAAUGAAGGCGAUUUUUUGUGUUAUGCCGGCAAAGCUGGAGGCUCUAAUUGAGAAGAUAAAUCAAUCUGAAAGUGAAAAAAUCACAUGCAUUAUUGCUGAUGAGUUCUUGGGUUUGGCACUGGAGGUUGCGAAGAAAAUGGGAGUCAGGGCAGUAGCCUUCUGGCCAGCAGCAGCAGCUGUAUACGCUCUGAAACUCAAUAUUCCAAAGCUCAUUGAUGAUGGAAUCAUAGACAGCUCUGGAACUAUCAUGAAGAAGCAGAUGGUUCAGUUAUCACCCGCCAUAUUAGCCAUGGACUCUGAACACUUUGCUUGGGCCAGUGUCGGUGAUGCGACCACACAGGGUAUUGUUUUUGAUGCACUGGCAAAAAAUAACAGAACAUUAAAAAUGGCUGAUUGGAUUAUCGGCAACUCGAGUAAUGAGUUAGAGGCAUCAGUUUUUACCUUAUUUCCAGAAAUGUUGCCAAUUGGCCCUCUUCUAGCUAGCAACCGGCUUGGAAAAUCAGUUGGUUCCUACUGGCCUGAAGACUGGGAUUGCUUGGCGUGGCUUGAUAAACAACCAGUCCAAUCAGUCAUUUAUGUUGCAUUUGGGAGCACCUCAGUUUUUGACCACACACAGUUCCAAGAACUGGCUCUGGGACUUGAACUCACCAAUAUGCCAUUCCUUUGGGUUGUGAGGCGUAAUUUAACUGCAGAAACAGAUAGUGCAUAUCCAAAAGGUUUCAGAGAUCGAAUACAAGGACGAGGAAGAUUAGCCAGUUGGGCACCUCAACAACAGGUCCUGGCUCAUCCUUCAGUUGCCUGCUUCCUCAGCCACUGUGGUUGGAAUUCUACAAUGGAAGGUGUAAGCAAUGGUGUCCCAUUCCUCUGCUGGCCCUACUUUGCAGACCAGUUCACUAACAGAAGCUACAUAUGUGAUGUUUGGAAGGUUGGAUUAGGUUUGGAAAAAGAUGAAAAUGGAAUCGUUGCACAAGGACAAGUUAAGAACAAAAUUGAGCAGCUAGUCACAGUUAAAGGCUACAGGGAGCGGGCCUUGGAUUUGAAAGCAAAGGUUAUGAAUAGUCUUAGAGAAGAUGGAUGUUCUGGCAAGAAUUUCAACAACUUAGUCAAGUGGAUUAAGGAUGAUUAGAACAACUAUGUAUCAAAACAAUGUCAUCUUAUUGCUACAUUAGCAUAUUUCAUAUGUGAUUUUCCUUCAAUCAACCCGGAAUUUUUCUUAGCUAAGCCUCGGUCUAUGACCGGCCCCUCUUGUAUUCUUUUCUUAGCAGGACUAACUACUAAUAUUUUCUGCUUUUAUU